AUGUAUUCGAUUACAGUUUGGGUGAUCAGAAGAAGGGUCAUCUGUUUACAGCAUACAUACUUAUUUUUAGCAAUGAGCUCGGCAAAUAUUGGCCAGCUGAUGGCUGAUAUGCGUCAGCUUGUUAUUAAUCUUCAAACUCGUGAACGUGCUACUGAUAGUGCGCUUGCCAAAAGCCAAAUUAUUAACCACAAAAUAUCUGGCAUGAAGGAGUAUCAGGAAGACGUUGCAAACAUGAAUGAAUGCUGGCGGAUGCAGGGUCGUAAGGUACUUGUUGCAGGGUUGCGGCAUGAGAAUCGGCAGAUUUCUUUAUUGCAGCAAGAGAAUAGGGAACUUCGGCAGGCAUUGGAAGAUUGUGAAAGUACUUUACAUUUAUUAAUGCAGAAACACAGGGAUAUAGUAACCAAGUUUGCGAAACAACUUAUUGCCCCAGUCACUGCAUUAUCUACGGAUAACAAAGUCAAUGAAACUGUUGUUAUCGAAACGAUUACUAACUUAUCAAGGUUAUUAGAUAAAUGUUUUGUCGAUGGCGAAAACAUCUUCAGUCGUGAUCAAGAGCUAAUCGCAAGACUUACGACAGAAAAUGCAUGUCUGAGGGAACUGCUAAAUAUUUCAGCUAAUAACAACCCCGAUUUACCACUGCAAUUUCGAAAUAGAUGUGAGAGUGUAAAAUCUAAGAAUGACUCUGUUCCAUUAUCUAACGACCAUUGUGAGGCAGUUAUUGCUAUCAAAAAAGAUCCGUCAUCUUCAACCAAGAAUCCAACUGCCCAUAAUGAAGAUUUUUGGCAAAAUUCCACUUCGAUACCUGAUGGAACGAUUAAAAAAAAUGAGGUAUCACACAUAGAUGAGAAAAGUCAGCUCGAUAAAUGA